CAACGCCUGUCCCCAGGUCCUUCAGUGCCAAGGGUCCGUUGUGCCUGCGAUGGGCCCUGCUCACAGAGAAGGCGCUUCCCAUCCUCAGGCCAUUUUGUCCAGGUUCCUGUGGCUUCUCCUUCCAGACUGCUCCUUUGGGGAGCAUCUCAGAGAGCAGUGGGUCUGAGGCCUCCUGGAACCAUUUCCGGUCCUUUGUGCCAUUGCCUUGGGAAUCUGUCUCCAAGAUGAAAGUGAGAGGCUACUACUGUGCUUCUCGUGGGGACCCUCGCUGGGGCCAGACGACAAGUGUGGAUUUGACGUUGCUCCACGCACCUCGAGGUGGGCCAAGGGGAUGCUGUCCUGCGUGACCAGAGACCAUCCGGAGUCCAUGUUCUGUGAUUUCUGACUGAUCCAGCCAUGAGCUCCAUCCCCUGCAAGAAACGCGAGGACUACUUGGAAUGGCCUGAGUAUUUCAUGGCGGUAGCCUUCUUAUCGGCACAGAGAAGCAAAGAUCCAAAUUCCCAGGUCGGAGCCUGCAUCGUGAAUGCAGAAAACAAGAUCGUGGGCAUCGGGUACAAUGGCAUGCCAAACGGGUGCAGCGAUGACCUCUUGCCUUGGAGGAGGACGGCGGAGAGGAAGCUGGACACCAAAUACCCUUACGUGUGCCACGCCGAGCUGAAUGCCAUCAUGAACAAAAACUCGGCCGAUGUGAAAGGCUGUACCAUCUACGUGGCCCUGUUCCCGUGUAAUGAAUGUGCUAAGCUCAUCAUCCAGGCAGGUAUCAAAGAAGUUAUAUUCAUGUCUGAUAAAUACCACGAUAGCGAGGAGACUGUCGCUGCGAGGCUCAUGUUUGAUAUGGCUGGGGUUACCUUCAGGAAAUUCACACCCAAGUGCAGCAAGAUUGUCAUUGACUUUGAUUCGAUUAACAGCAGGCCCAGUCAGAAGCUUCAGUGAGCUCCACCUCCAGCCGGAAGGUUGGGAUUAUCCUCUUCGAAGGAGCUGCUAAUGCCUUUCAUCCUGAAGGUCCUCAUCACUUUUCAGUUGCCAGCACAGGCAAAGCAGACAUCCAAAGAAUAUCAAGCCUCAGUUCUCAGACUCUCUCUCAGGUCCCAUGGAAUCUGCAUCUGAUUAAGCUCUUGACGUAGGGUUUAAGGUCAAGGAGCCUGUCGAUGGCCUGUGUCUGGGGCUGGAGUGGCUAGCUUUCUCCUUGGAGGCUCGGCAGAAGAGCGUCCCCACUCCGUCACCCACUGCAUGUCACAGCUGCUCCACACGGCUCCAUGGCUGGGAGGACAAAUAAAUAAUUGUUGCAUCCCUGGCGGGAUGAGCAGGCGCACUGAUUGGAACAUCUGGCUCAAAUGAAGCAUCACAUGUAGUGCCCUUGGGGGAAAAAAUAGGACCCGCGUGGCAGUAGCAUUAAAGAUAUCUGCACGAGAGAGUUGAGGGAAACUCCCACCCCCAAAUCCUGGGGGAGGGCACACCUGGCAUCAGAGUGGGUGAACGGGUGAGCCUAACUGAACUUGGGAUGCUUUCUCUGCGUUUACUGUCCUGCUCCUGUCCACAGGUGGAGGCGGACUAGUUCUGCCCCCAGACCACGCCCUGCUGUGGUGGGCGGGGUUGUGUGGCUGGGCGUGCCGUCGUUGGUCAUUUCCAAGGCCACAGCGCAACGCAGGAGAAAUUGAUUUUCUGUCCUGUGAGUGAGAUGUGGGAAAACGGAGGCGCCUUGAGGUGGUGCUCACGGGCUUGCCUGGGCUCCUGGCACUGUGCCUUCCUCCUCAGACACGAGUCUCGCACCUUCCUGUCACUGGGACCCCUGGGGGAUGUGUGGCUGUCCACGUGUCCUCAGUCACUUAAUUUUUAUUAAACAUGCUCACUCAGUACCUUUGCUGAGAAAAUGGUUUCUUUAUCUUAAAGAUUAUUACUGUUUUAAGGUGCUCUUAUAUUUUUAUGAGGUUUUAUUCUGUCUCUUAGGUUUUGUACUCCAUAUUCUGGGGCAUGUUGUAAUUUGGCUCCUUACCAUUAUUAUUAGAAUCUUAUUAAAAACCUACCCUGCCGUAGUAUGUUCAUUUUUAUCUAGUAAUUAUAUGCUUGAUUCUCCAUUUCUGUCGUUUCUGCAUUGUCUGCGAAGCACAUUGCAUGUGUCUUAAUGCUUAGAGAGCAGUGUGAGACCCCCUACGCUGUGUUCUCCUGCGGCCAGUGGGUGGCGCUGUUGUGAGGACCACAUUGAAGACAGUGGCAGGUUCUUCUCCCUCCUGGGCACCUGCACCUCACCUAAGGUGUGGCCAUCUGAUAGGUCAUCAGGGCCACCCGACGGGUCCCUCCUGUAAUACUUCAGUCUCCAGUCUGGCCCUCCCGCUGCUCUCUUGCUUUAUUAUCUUAUUGAAUCUCCUCUCCUCAGUGUUUUCUCUCACCUCCUCCAAACCCCUGGCCCUCUGCUCCAAAAUACAUGAACCAAAUGUAGAAGAAAAGAUCAAUAAAGAUACUUAACGAUAGAAAAUACA